AUGGCAGACCCCCGGGAGAAGAAUAGAAUCGCUCAGAAGGCAUACCGCCGACGACAAAAGGAAAGACACCAUGCCACGGCACGGCACGUAGAGGAGCUGUCUGAGAGGGUGGCUGCACUGGAGAUGGAGAGAGGUCAGCUCCAGAGAGCUCUAGAGACGGCCACCGGCGCCUCACAGGGGAGUCAGCCGGAGAGCAGCAGCCGGCCUCUGCAAGGGAGUGACAGCAUCGCAAUUUCCUUUCGAUUUGGAGAAGCCGCCACGCAGCUGCAGCUGACGCUAGGGGAACUCAGUGCCCUUCAGCCAGAUGCCCUGAAAGAUAUCUGGAAGAGUGUCAAAGACAUUGAGGAGCGGGAGGAGGGGGCGGUGACUAAUUUUGUACUAAUCAAUGACCUGAUGGAGCGGCUGCGCGCGAAUGUGCGCUCGCUGCAUGCAUGCACCUCCUUCUACGUCUCCUAUGCCUACGCAAGGGUACUGUCACCGGUUCAGCUAGCGCGCUUCCUGGUGGCUUCCUACCCCAUGGGACCAGACAUGCUGUCGCUCAUGACCUGCCUGGCCAAACAAGGCAACGAGCCGACCACAGAAGAACUGCUCAACGCCGCACGCCCCGGGAUGGCAUCCGGUUCGAAUUUGAAUUUGAAUUUGAAUGCACCCCUCUGCGAAGCGGGAGACUGGAGGCAGGCCCUUGUGCGGCCGCUGAGGGAGGUGCAUGGAAAGCCUGCAUGA